CUGAUCUAUUGAAUUAAGGAAAAGAAAUCGCAGACAAGAUGGUUGAUGUAUUUAACGUGCAAAUUUUUUUUGUGGUCUUCAGAGAAUCCUUAGAAGCCGUUAUCGUGGUUUCGGUUCUUCUCGCCUUCUUAAAGCAGGGUCUUGGGGGCGCUUCUGAUGACCCAGUCAUUUACAAACGACUCAGAAAGCAGGUCUGGGUCGGGGCGGCCGCUGGUUUAGCGGUUUGUUUGUGCAUCGGUGGUGCCUUCAUAGGUGUUUUCUACGGGUUGCUGAACGAUAUCUGGGGGAAGUCUGAAGAUUUAUGGGAAGGUAUCUUCUGUAUUAUCGCCACGGUUUUGAUUUCCCUCAUGGGGAUUGCUAUGUUGAGAAUCAACAAGAUGCAAGAGAAGUGGAGAGUCAAGUUGGCUAAAGCUUUGUUGGAGCCUCCUGCCGCUAGAAAGGACAGAUGGAAGAUUGGAUAUUUGACUAAGAAGUACUGUAUGUUCAUCUUGCCGUUCAUCACCACUUUGAGAGAAGGGUUGGAAGCGGUUGUUUUUGUUGGUGGUGUUGGUAUCGGAUCCCCGGCCACCUCUUUCCCUCUUCCUGUCGUUUGUGGUUUGAUCGCCGGUAUCUUGGUGGGCGGUGUGUUGUACUAUGGUGGCUCCACCAUUGGUAUGCAGGUUUUCUUGGUUGUCUCUACUUGUAUUCUUUACUUGAUUUCUGCCGGUUUGUUCUCCCGUGGUGUCUGGUACUUUGAGACUUACACCUAUAACAAGAAAACCGGUGGCGAUGCAUCCGAAAACGGCUCGGGUCCAGGUACCUAUGACAUUACCAAGUCUGUCUGGCACGUCAACUGCUGCAACCCCGAAGUGGACAACGGGUGGGAUGUGUUUAACGCUCUUUUGGGCUGGCAGAAUUCUGCCACCUAUGGCUCUGUUAUUGCAUACAAUAUCUACUGGUUGUGUUUGAUCGUUAUUAUCCUUUUGAUGUUGUUUGAAGAGAAGACUGGUCAUUUGCCUUUUACCAAGGGCUUGAGAUUAGUUGAACUCAACCCAAUGUAUCAUCUUAAGAACAAGAAGAAGAAUGAGUUGACCAAGCAGGAGCAGGAUGCUUUGUUUGAUCAAUUGAAGCAGCACAAGAUUGAGGUUAGUGACGAAGUUGACGUCACUCUCCCGAAGAGAUCUGCCUCUCUUGAAGUUAACAAGAUGUAAGUACACACACACACACACACACACACACACACACACACAUACACUCACUCACUCACACUUUUCUCAUGUUCACACUUUCUUCGGUAUCUCGCUAGGCGAG